AUGGACGCUACGCUCAAACAAGCCGUGAUAAGUCGCGGUCAGAUUAAAGCUUCGCUAACGCGAUUCAAAAAUUAUCUAGAGUCAUUCGAUCGUUCAUCUCCAGUAACGGAACUUCAAAAAAGAUUAGAAAAAAUAUCGCCAUUAUACGAAAAGUUUGAUACGUUGCAAAGUCAAAUUGAAUCUUUAGUCGAAGAACCUUCUACAAUUCAAGAACAUGCAGAGCGCGAUUCUUUUGAAAAUUUAUUUUUCCAAUUAACAGCAGCAGCUGAAGAUGUUAUUUCGCAGUCUCGUUCUCAACAAGUUCUUGCAAAUCCUGAAAUUUCAACUCGCUUAAUGACACCCGCUUUUUCGAAUGCCAGCACGGAAAACCGUAUUAAAUUACCCACAAUAGAAUUGCCCACGUUUGACGGCUCAUAUAGUAAUUGGGUAAAGUUUAGAGACACUUUCGAAUCACUCAUCCAUAAUAAUAUGAAUCUCUCAAACAUUGAAAAAUUUCAUUAUUUAAAUGCAUCAGUGAAAGGUAGCGCAGCACGUACGAUUGAAGCAUUAGGUAUUUCCGAAAUAAAUUAUACUCUUGCGUGGAAUAGAAUAAAGGAUCGUUACGAGGAUCUAUCGACAUUAAAAUACCAUCACGUUAGGUCUAUGCAUGAAGUUCCAUCUUGCACUAGGGAAUCUUUGUCAGGAUUAAGAAAUUUAAUUGAUAAUACCAACAACAAUCUGUUAGCGUUAAAAGCACUUGGUGAACCCACAGAUUCUUGGGAUACUCUUAUAAUAUAUUUGUUAACUUCGAAAUUAGAUAGUCAUACACAGCGUGAAUGGGAAAGAAAAAUGAAUCAGAUUCAGGGAAAUGUCACUUUGCAGGAUAUGAUGAAUUUCUUGAAAAAUCAUUGUAAAUACCUUGAAAGAAUCAAUUCCGACAAAAUAGUUCCUAACAAAUUCAUAAGUGAAACAAAGCAAAAUAAAUUCAGAGUCGUUACGACACAUGUAACUAAUACUGAACCAGUAUGCUCCCUCUGCAAGGGAAAUCAUUAUUUACAUAGUUGCUCUAGUUUUUUGAGAUUAACUCCCACUGAACGUCGAGCCAAAAUUCAAGAAUUGCAUGUGUGUUUCAAUUGUCUCGCAGCAGGACAUCGAAGCAUAGAUUGUACACGAAGCGUAUGUAGAAAAUGUCAUAAGAAACAUAACACAUUAUUACAUAUAGAUUACACUUCAAACACAUCACCUCAUACUCAUACAGCACCUUCAACGUCAAAACAAAAUACUUCCAAUGUAAACGCACACACUAUCACUGACACACAGGAAACACUUACGGCACAAACGGUCAUUACACUAGAAAAUAAAGUGACUAUGUUAGCUACUGCCACAGUUCAUAUUAAGGAUCACGAUGGAAUAAAACACGAUUGUCGCGUUCUUUUAGAUUCAGGAUCACAAUCCCAUUUCAUUUCAGAAAAGUUAGCCAAUAAACUUCAAUUAAAUCGCGAUAAGAUAAAUGUUAGAGUCUCAGGAAUUAGUAAAUUAGCAAAGAACAUCGAAUAUCAAGCACACACACAUAUUGUAUCGCGUUUUAACGGAUUUACAAAAUCAAUCUCCUGUUUAGUUUUACCUACGAUAACAGAAAACAUUCCAAACCGACCAGUCGAUUUAUCUUUACUAGAAAUUCCAUCCAAUAAAUUCUUAGCCGAUCCUCAGUUCAAUGUUCCCAGAGAAGUUGACAUGAUUAUUGGUGGAGAUUUAUUCUGGGAUUUAAUGUGUGUAGGUCGUCAUUCAUUAGGACCUCGUCACCCUUCAUUGCAAAAAACCCAAUUAGGUUGGAUUGUUGUAGGAAACUUAGAUCUCGCUCCUUCAUUUGCAGAAACACGAACUAUUUGUCAUUUAGUCACAAACGAACAAAUUCACGAUCAAUUAGCCAAGUUUUGGGAAAUAGAAGGUAGUAUAGCUGAAAACACAAAAUCUCCGCAUCAUUGUGAACAACAUUUUGAUUCUACUGUAACGCGAGAUAGCAAUGGCAGAUACAUUGUAGCCAUUCCGUUUAAAGAAAAUAUUAAUAAGUUAGGCAAUUCUAUACAUCAUGCGGAAAAAAGACUAUUUAAUUUAGAACGCACACUAGCUAGGCAACCGGAAAUUAAGGAAGAGUAUAUUAAAUUCUUAGAGGAAUAUGAAUCGUUAGGGCACAUGAGUGAAAUUACAAACUUAGAACAAUCACAUACACAAACAGGAUACUAUUUACCGCAUCAUGCAGUUUUUAGAGCAAGUAGUACCACCACAAAAUUACGCGUAGUCUUUGAUGGGUCUGCCAAGACAUCGUCAGGGCUAUCAUUAAAUGACGUUCAGUGGGUAGGACCCGUAGUUCAAGAAGAUUUAAUGUCAAUCCUUUUACGAUUUCGCAAGCACCAAUAUGUUCUUUCAGCAGAUAUUGCAAAGAUGUAUCGACAGAUAUUAGUAAGAAACGAAGAUAGAAAAUUCCAACGUAUAUUAUGGCGCAAAGAUAAAAAUGAAUCGAUUAAAAUGUACGAGUUAAACACUGUAACCUACGGCACAGCAUCCGCACCUUUUCUUGCAACUAAAGUUCUUCAGCAUAUUGGACAAAUACACCAAGAAAGUCACCCGCUUGCAGGUCGCGCUAUUUUACGCGAUUUCUAUGUAGAUGAUUUAUUGACAGGGUCAGAUUCUAUUACUGAAAUUGUACAAUUGAAAAAUGAUUUAACCAACAUUCUUCUCUCUUCAGGUUUCGAACUUCGUAAAUGGGCAUCAAACGAACCCAAAAUAUUCGCAUCACAAAUAGACAAUAAAAAUCAAUUACAAUUAGUAUCGGACAAUAGCUCAAAGACGUUAGGUUUAUUUUGGAAUUUCGAACAAGACAUAUUAACUUUUUCGGUAAAAAACCCUAUAAAUUCACGCAUCACAAAACGUACAAUUCUCUCAGAUAUUUCACAAAUUUUCGAUCCUCUCGGUUUAAUCGGUCCAGCUACGAUUCAAGCAAAAAUUAUUCUACAAGAAUUGUGGCAACUUCACUCCGCUUGGGAUGAAUCAUUACCUCAGCAUCUCCACUCUCGAUGGAGUACAUUCCGCGAAGAACUUAUGUAUAUAAAUGAUAUUAGAAUUCCGAGACGAGCUUUACCCGCGAAAAUCCAAAAAUUCGAAUUACACGGCUUUUCUGAUGCGUCAGAAAAGGCUUAUGGAACGUGUAUAUAUCUCCGUGCAUUAGAUAAAAACGGUAUAUGGACUACUCGAUUAUUAUGCGCAAAAUCUAGAGUCGCUCCUUUGAAAGUUAUUAGCUUGCCGCGAUUAGAACUGUGCGGUGCUCAGUUACUAGCCCAGCUUGCAAAGAAAGUACGGACAUCAAUAGGCAUCAUAUGUGACGAAUAUUAUUGGUGUGAUUCCACAAUCGUUCUUGCGUGGAUCAACUCUCCCUCAAAACAAUGGAAAACAUUUGUAGCAAAUCGUACAGCAGAAAUACAAACCCUAUCGCAUGGAAAAUGGUUACAUGUCGCGUCAUCUGAAAAUCCUGCUGAUAUCAUAUCACGGGGAAUCAGUCCAACUUUGCUUAUUAACAACAAUCUUUGGUGGAAUGGUCCAUCCUGGUUGCAGGAAAAUUUACCUACACAAAUAUAUAACAAUGACAAUCAACUCCCCGCAGAGAAUAUUUCCGAAGAAAUUAGAACUACUUACACAUUUACUUCCAACUGCGGCGUUGAUCGACAGUUAUCGUUUAUUGUCGAAAGAAACGUGUCGAAAUAA